AUGGAAGUGUUGGGCACCUACGGUGCGAUGCUGGCGGGCGGGUUCGUUGCAGCGAUGUUGAGCGGAAUCGUCACUAUACAAGCUCUCAUCUAUUUUAGGCUCUACAUGCAGGAUUCCUGGUGGAGGAAGACCAUGGUGCUAGCUGUUUGGGUCCUUGAUAUUCUCCAUUCCACAUUCAUUUUCAUUUCUCUUUUUGACUAUCUCAUUACAUACUUUGGUGCUCUGGAUAGGACUGAUCACAUUCCUUGGUCUAUUGCUCUUACUAUCGUGGUUACUGCCAUACAAACACUAAUCGCACAUUGCCAUUUUUCCGAGAAGAUACAUAGAUCUAGUGAUAAGAAUUGGGCUAUAACCAUUCCUAUCCUUUUUCUUGCAUUUUUGCGGCUUGGAGCGGCGUCUGUUUCUACGUAUGAAAUGAUACGGCUCCACCGAUUCUCCGUCUUCACGGAAUCUUAUCCUGGCUGGAUCUUCACUACCGGCCUCUCCCUCUCCUCCGCUGUUGAUCUACUCAUUACGGCUUGGCUGUGUUAUUUCCUGCACUUACUGCGACGGAGGAUUGACGUUCAAUCCUCUAUACUACAAGUCAUAGACUCGUUAACUCUUUACACACUAGAAAAUGGACUGCUUACGAGUGUAGUAACAACAGCUUCGUUGAUUUGUUGGCUCGUCAUGCCCACAAACCUUGUAUUCCUUGGUCUUCACUUCGUCAUUGAGAAGUUGUAUGCUAAUUCCGUCCUCGCCUCGCUCAAUACGCGCAAGGAACUUCGCGAACUGCGUCAAAAAAUGAGAGCAUGGGGCGACCUACCGGUACUUUCGUCAGAGGACUUUUACACGCAGUACCAACCCCGGCAUGCAGAGGUUGCUUAUCGUCCGAGGGGGAAGAUACGGCAGCUCGAGGUAACCGUCAAGAAGACAGUUGAACGUGUUGUGCAUGACGAAGAGUCCAUGCUCUCCCCCCAACGGGAGUACUAUUCGCCCUACUCGAGGCUGACUCGAAAGCCUACAGUGUUGGAAUGGCGUAACUCCAGGGGUGCUGAGAGAUGGCAUCUUUGAUAUUGGCUCCUCCCUUUCUCAUAUUUCUUACUCUCACCUCUCAUGUACCGUUCCCUUGCCACCACUAGCUCUUGCUUUCUUCACUGCACCGAAUUGUAUCAAUAUAAUUGUCUUUGUGUAAUGCUCUUUUUAAUCGUACUGAGUAAUUCCAAAGUAAUUCUUCCAUUCCUUAAUACAGUAGUUUCUUAUUACUCCGAGCUUAUAGUUACUCCUCUUCGCGCCGACCGCAUUUAACAGGAAAAUAAAUGAGAGCCUGUCUGAAGUCUGGAAGCGCACAUUGACCUUGUGCAGAGGUGCUUCCGGGAACUCGCAUUUGCUUUA